AGAAAAACGAACACCACCUUUUGAAUUCAACGUUAGUAUAAUAAUUAAGGGGUAUGAUUUCCUCGAACUUCGACUACCAUCUUUAUUACAGAUUCCCAUUUCUGAUGUAAAUUUCUUUAUCAGAUCCACAAUUUUGAUUUUAAACUUAUGUAAUCACAAUCAACAAACAAAUCUUACUGUUUUUGAUUGAUUUAAAGGGUUUGAAUUUAUGGAUUGGAACAUCGCAAUCGGUUACACUCCAAUUUUGUUCUGUUUCAAUGGAGUUUUAAUAAGGUAAACACAAGCGUCUCGAAAAGAUGCAGGCGCAUUUGAAAUUGAGAGGAACCACCGCUAGGGUUAACAACCAACAAGCUACAUUUGAGCUAAAACAUCGCGUGGUAAUUGCACUAAACAAGAUAUCUGAUCGAGAUACAUACCAAAUAGGGGUUGAUGAGCUUGAAAGAACAAUCAAAAGUUUAACUCCAGAAAACGUGUCCCCAUUUUUGUCAUGCAUCUUAGACACAGAUUCAGAGCAGAAAAAGGCUGUUCGUAAGGAAUGUAUCAGACUCAUGGGUACCCUCGCAACCUUCCACCAUGAUCUCAUUGGUCCUCACAUAGGAAAAAUGGUUUGUAGCAUAGUGAAAAGACUAAAAGAUCCUGAUGCUGUUGUGAGAGAUGCUUGUGUGGAUACCAUGGGUGUUUUGGCAUCCAGAUUAACUUCUUUUGAGGGAAAUUUUGUUGUUUUAGUGAAACCUCUUUUUGAAGCAAUAUGUGAGCAAAAUAAACAUGUUCAAAAUGGUUCUGCUCUAUGUUUAACUCGGGUGAUUGACAAUGCAAUGGAUCCUCCAGUGUCUAUUCUACAAAGAAUGUUAAUAAAGACAACAAAGUUGCUCAAUAAUCCACACUUCAUGGUGAAACCAGCCAUUAUUGAGUUAAACAGAAGUAUCAUUCAGGCAGGAGGGGCCUCAACAGAAAGUAGUUUAAGUGUUGCAAUGACUAGCAUUCAAGAAGCUCUUAAGAACAGUGAUUGGAGUACACGUAAAGCUGCAUCUUUAGCAUUAGCAGAAUUUGCAUCAAGUAAUUCAUCAUAUUUUGGAUCUUUCAAAUCAUCUUCUAUACACUCCCUUGAAUUAUGUCGCUUUGACAAGGUCAAACCAGUUAGGGACACAGUACUGCAGGCCUUAAAGCUCUGGAGAAGUCUUAAAGCAACUGAUGCUUUUGAAUGCUCAGAAGCUCGAUCUUCUAUUAAAGGAGGUGAUUAUAGUGAGUCCAAAGUGAAGGAUACAAGAGUUCCAUUUUCAGUUAGAAAGAAUGAUAGUAGUAGUAAUGUGGGGAGUCCUCAUAAUUCCAAACCAAAUGAUUGGAAUAUCAAAGUCAGUGUCCCAAAUACCCACAAUAUUUCUUUAUUAUAUCCUCAUGAUGAAGAAUCUGAAGGAAGUUCUGUUACAAAAGCAUUCACAAGUACUCAAGAUAUUGGAUAUGAAUACGUGCCCAUGGAUGACAAACAUGAGUUAUCUUCCACAUCCAAUAUUGACACUGAAAAAUUUGAAGCUAAAUUGAUGGGAGUGAAUCGAUUACUAGUGGAUAAAGAAAUGAGUAGUGAAGAACAGAGAUACUAUUCAAAAAUUGAGGAUCAUAAAAGUAAUGAAUCGAAUGUUAGAGAAUCGGUUUCUGAAUUUAUUCAUGGAUGUUGCAUGCAAACAACAAAAGAAAUAAGUUUGUUUCGAGAGAAGCUUCAGGAUAUAGAUAACAAACAAUCAAAUCUCUUGCAUCUUUUGAAGGGGUUUACUAGCAAGACAAUAGAUAGCUUGUCAAUAAUACAAUCAAAGGUGUCAAGUUUGGAACACGUAGUGGAUCAAAUGGCACAAAACAUUCAUGAUCAUAAAGGAAGAAAUUUAAAAUCAACCUCCAAUUUUUUGAAAAAAAGUUCUCCAAGACCCUCAACAUGCACUCCAAGGCAAUCACUGGAUACACUCACUAGACAAUCUCCAUUACAGCACCCCAAACAAUCCGAUGCUUCUGAAGACUCCACAUUUUAUAGGGGCAAAUCCGGAAAUUCAACCAACCAAGGCAUAGACUCAUGGAUGCACCCCAUAAGUAGAAACAAUGUAGUCAAGGACACACAAAAGGCCAUCUCUAGUAUAAAUAGAAAGAAAGAUUUAGAUGCUGCUUAUGUUGAUGCCUUGAAUUCGGGUGAUGAGGUGGCAUUAGUAUAUCUUCUUGACAAAACGGGCCCCGUUUUGGAAAAGUUAUCACACAUGACUGUGAAUGUGAUUGUUAACACUUUGGCAACAUUCUUGUCAGAACAACGGUUUAUGAACUCGAUAAUCCCUUGGCUACAUCAGGUGGUGGAAUUAAGUGGUGUCCAUGGAUCAAACCACCUUCUACUCACUGCAAAAACAAGGAGAGAAUUUUUGUAUGCAAUUCAGGAAGCUAUGAACAUGGAAUUACCAAAUACUACAUCAAGAAGAUCAAUAACACAAUUAGUAACAAAAAUGCAUCAAUUUUGGGGAAAAUGCUCCUGAGAUGACUUUGUGAGGGAUGCUCAUUAGAUGUUUGUGCUUGUGGUAUAUUGUUUUUUUUUAUCUGAAUAUAAAAAGAAAAAAAGAAAAACAGAAAGUUGUUUUAGUAGCAGAGAAUGUUUUUUUAAACCAUUCUCUCAACAAUUGUUCUAUAUGC